UUUUGCACUUACGGUGGGCACGUUAAGACUUAAGAGGGAGCAAACUUUCCCCCCUCCUUUCUGCAACUGAACAGAACUUUCGACCUUGUGUCGCACAACCCCAGACCUCUCCUUUACUAUUUUCUUUCAUUUUUUUUUUUCCUUUGCCAAGAAACGAAACCCGUUUUCAUAUCCAGAAAGCAUGUCAGGUUUGUAUGCUCAGAAUUUCUCACCUGGGAGAGCUGCUUCCCCACAGAUAAGGAGCACGCCGGACAUCAUCGAUAGUCAGUACUUGACAGAGCUAAUAGCAGAGCAUCAGAAGCUUGGGCCUUUCAUGCAAGUUCUUCCAAUAUGUAGCCGACUUUUGAAUCAAGAGAUUAUGCGAGUCUCAGCCAUGGUCUCCAACCAAGGGUUUAGUGACUACGACAGGUUGCAGCAUGGAAGCCCCAGCCCCAUGAGUUCCUCAAACUUCAUGCCAAAUGUUGGUGGAACAGGUUUAAAUGUUUGGAACAGCUUCCAGCAUGAGAGAUUAGGUGGGGCACAAGGGAUGUCAAUGGACUGGCAAGGGGUACGAGCAAGCCCCAGUUCUCAUGUUGUCAAGAAGAUUUUGCGCUUGGAAAUUCCAGUAGAUAGUUAUCCUAAUUUCAAUUUUGUUGGGCGGCUUCUGGGCCCCAGAGGCAAUUCACUAAAACGAGUGGAAGCUUCUACAGGCUGCCGUGUGUACAUUCGAGGAAAAGGUUCAAUAAAGGACCCAGGAAAGGAGGAGAAGCUAAGAGGAAGACCAGGCUAUGAGCACCUGAAUGAUCCACUCCACAUCUUGGUUGAGGCUGAGUUACCCAUCAAUAUUGUUGAUACAAGGCUGAGACAGGCUCAAGAAAUUAUAGAAGAACUGCUUAAACCUGUGGAUGAAUCACAGGAUUUCUAUAAGAGAGAACAGCUACGGGAACUAGCUCUAUUAAAUUCUAAUUUCAGAGAAGAGAGCCCCCAUCCAAGUGGUAGUGUCUCUCCUUUCAAUUCGAGUGGAAUGAAGCGAGCAAAAACUGGGCGGUAGAGGAUCAUACUCUCAUUUCCUCUACAAUGGUUUCACAUAUCCUUGUCACAGAUACGCCAUGCACUGAUAUACCUUAUACACAUCGAUUUUGUCAAAUGAAGGCAGGGACUCAUGAAACAAGCUGGUGAGUCCUCUAGGGGUUCUUUUGAAUUUUAUGUUUCUGAAUUUUUUUUUUCUCCAUUGGGAAACAGAAAAUGAAAAGAUACAUGUGUCAUAGUUAAAGUUUUUUUUUUU